AUGGCGGCCCCAAGACGACCAACUAACAUCAACCACCACCCGCGACCUACAGGCCCCCACUCAGUCCUCGACUCGCCCUCCAAAUCCACGGCCUCCAACGGCUACAACGGCUACAACGGCUACAACGGCAGCUUCGCCACCCCCAAUCGCUCCGGCUACUUCUCCGCCAACAAGCAGCUCCCCAGCACUCCCGCCAGUUCGCUGCCUGCCCACAUCCAGUCCCAAACUUGGGAGCCCCGCACCCCGGCCACAAACUACGACUUCAGCUCCGGCGGCGAGACUCCCAACACGCCCCAGGUAGACAGCGAGCCAGCCACACCGGACACACAAUUGGCUGGCAGGAUGGGCCGACUGGGCGAGACGAGCCACAAGAAGCCCCCGCGACGCGAUAGUUGGAUGGCCUUCAAGGGCUUCUUUGGCGCCAGUCCCAGUCCGAGCAAGAGUGAACGGGAUAGAGAGAGGGAGCGGAGAGAUGGCGAGAGGGACCGCGAGAGGGACAAGGACCGGGACCGGGAACUGCGCCGCCCAGCCUCAUCGCGCAAGGAAAAAGAAGGGCGCAUCCCAACCCAAAGUCGUCCAAGUCGUCCAGGAAACCUUCAUCAAGCGCCUAGGAAACCUCUUCCACUGGGUCGAAGCCCACCCCGCCCUCCCCACCGUCCUCUCCGUCUACGCACAAUUCCUCGUCAACACCCUCCUUGGCGCCGGCUUCCUCUACCUCAUCUACUGCGCCUGGGCGGGCAUCAUGUCCGACGUGGACAUUGA